AUGCUGAGCGCAGUUAAGAUGGAGGGACACGAGCACGCGGACUGGAGCGGCAGCGGCUACUACGCAGAGACCGAGUGUUACACCGGAAACAUGAACUCCGGUUUGCCCAUGAACUCAAUGAGCGGCUACAUGAGCGCGCCUGGCAUGACCGGCACCGGCCACAUGAACGCGCAUUACGUGAACCCGGUGGGGGUCAACCACUCCUCGAUGCCCGUCGGGGUGUCGCAGAGCCCCGGGGCGAUGGUGCAGGCCGGGGUCGGUAUGACGGGCCUGCCGCCGAGCAUGAGCUCCAUGAGCCCGCCGCCGCCGUACGGGAGCGUGCCGGUGAUGAGCCCGGUGUACGGGCAGGCCUGCGGCAUCCGAUCCCGGGAGCCCAAACCGUACCGGCGGAGCUACACGCACGCCAAGCCGCCGUACUCGUACAUCUCCCUGAUCACCAUGGCCAUCCAGCAGUCCGGCAGCAAGAUGCUCACGUUGAACGAGCUCUACCAGUGGAUCACCGACCUGUUCCCGUUCUACCGGCAGAACCAGCAGCGCUGGCAGAACUCCAUCCGGCACUCGCUCUCCUUCAACGACUGCUUCAUCAAGGUGCCGCGCCUACCGGACAAACCGGGGAAGGGCUCCUUCUGGGCGCUGCACCCGGACUCCGGGAACAUGUUCGAGAACGGCUGCUACCUCCGGCGGCAGAAGCGCUUCAAGUCCGGGAGAGCCUCCGGCGCAGGUGGGAAGGAGGCGGCGGCGGCGGGGGGGAAGUCGGGCUCGGAGGGCGGCUCGGUCACCACCGCCAGCAGCGGCGGCAGCACCCGCUCCGACUCCCCGCACUCCUCCUCCUCCUCGUCCUCCUCCUCCUCCGACUCCCCGGCCUCAGACGCGAAAGGCACCGGGGUCGACCUCAAAGCGCACCGGGGAGAACUGUUGCCCUCCAGCCCCGUGCGCGUGCCCUCCCCGCUCGCGCACAGCCAGCACCUGUUCUCCCACCCCCACCACCACCACCACCACCACCACCACCCGCUGCUGCUGCACGAGGCCGCGCACCUGAAGCCGGACCACUACCACCACCCCCACUACUCCUUCAACCACCCGUUCUCCAUCAACAACCUCAUGUCCGAGCCGCAGCACCACAGACUGGAGCCCGUGGUGCAGUACGGAGGCUACGGCUGCCCGGUGUCCGGGGCGCUGGCGGCGGCCAAAGGCGGCCUGGAUCCCGGGCACGCCGACUCCAACUACUACCGCGGCGUGUACAGCAGCAGGCCGCUCAUGAACUCCUGA